AAAAUCCAUAACAACAUACAAGUUCUCAGAAAAUGUCAAUAAAUAACGAUUCUAUACCGCCUAUUGGUUUUUCAAAAUGAAUAGUACACUGAUCAGGUGACAACUGCCAUGACGGACAAAAUAUUGCAGACAGGGGUACAAAUUAUGUGUUCAAAUUAUGUUGCAUGGAUUAUUUAUGCCAGAUCAAAAGGAAAAUGGAUUAGAAAUAUUGUAAAGUAGAAGGUGAGUCCAUUGCAUUUGAUGAAAUUAUAGCGUGACAGACUUCUGGCACGAUUCCUGGUUAGGUUUCAGUACGUACGGGAUUCGUUUGAGCUCAGAGAUCCGUGACAGCAUAUAAACAUCUCUGAGCUGAAUUUUUGUAGCUAGGGACUAAGUACUGUGCAGAUGUAGACAAAUUAAUUGUUCGUAUGGGACCGUAAAACGAGCCACGCUAAAUGAUUGUUCGUAUGGGACCGUACAAAGAGAAACGCUAAAUCUAUUUUAAGAAACACAACAAUAACAUGUCUAGCACAUUCGUAUCGCAUUUUCUGGUAAACUGUCUUUCCUUUUAUUGAGCAACAGGCUUAAUUCGAUACCAUUAAUGUAUUGUUUGUAGAAAUGGAACGGAGAAGCAAAAUUUUGUAAAUUUCUGCAUUUAUCCGCCGUCUUUACACAAAAUCCUAUCACGGCCAAUCAGCCAUUGUUGUUUUUGACGUAUUUAAAUUUUUGUCACGUGACACUAUUUCGUUGGUUUACGGAAUUCGGCAAAGCCUGGCGAGUCAAUUAGUGACUAGCUGGUCAUUAAAUAUUUUAUGGUUUUUAAUCCAUUCGUAUCUCAAAAAUAUUUGACCAUCUAAGUCUAACUAACGGGCGAAUUUGUUCAUUAGACUGUUUUCUACAAAUAUACAAAGUUAUUUGCUUUAUUUUAACCGUGAUUUUAAACUGGAUUAUAACUUUAAGUUAAAUUAUUGACUUAUAUUGAACCAGAUGAAUGAAUCUGUUUGUUAUUAUUUUUUAAAAGGUACCUCUGAAGGCGACGCGUCUAUACAGGGCUUCGUUAUGAUACAAUCACAUCAAAUAAAUGCGAGUAAGCUUUUUGAAAGUAUUCCGGAAGGAAAGGUUUUUGCUACGAUUCGCUGUACAAAUGGUGCUGGGUUAACACAUACAUGUUCAUCUGAUGGGGUGAAAAUAGUACAAACACCACCAUCUGUUGAUAAUGUGUUACUAGAGAUAUUAACAACUUCACCAACUCAGUACGAGACGCGAGGUCACCACCACGUCAACAACACGGAAAUACGAUUCCGGUGGACCGGAUUUAAUUCUGAUGAAGGGGUCCAUAGUUAUCUGAUUGCUCUUGCCGGAGAUCAAAUUUCAAUUUCUGAGAUAGUUGAAGGAUCAUCAUCAGGUUAUAGUUACGCAAGUUUCACAGGCCUUAACAUAGAUGAUGGAGAGUACACUGUCUCCGUAACUGGUAUAAAUGAAGUAAAAAUGUACAGCCAGAAAAUAUCUGCUAACUUUGUGUUAGUCACAUAUCCACCAAGUCUAACAGGUGAAUCAGUAAUAACAACCUGGACAAAACGGACUUCUACUGCGACAGCAUCUUGGGAUAAUGUGUUUGUUUCAACUGUUCCUAUGUACUACGAAGUGUCAGCAAGACUAGCUGAAGGCGGGGAAGGAGAUCUUGUUCAGUGGCAGGAAACCAUUAAUACACGAAUGGAAAUCGUGCUUGACACAAGUGAAAUGCCCGAAGCUGGUGUUAUUGUCCGUUUCAGUGUCCGGGCAAUAUCGCAUUCUGGAUUGUUUAAGAUAACACAUAACAAUUUGUUUGUAUUACCUUAAGUAUACACCUUACGCAAAAUUGUUUGCAGUGUUUUCGGUUUGCUAAAAUUCUAAAUAUUCGAAAGGUAUAAUUUGUAGGCAUGUUUAACAUACCUGUAGAACUGGGAUCCGUAAUACCAUGCCGCACUUUCAACACAAUAAAAUGAUGCAGUUACUGUCUAUUUUUUUUAAUUUUCAACCUCAUUCAGUUUUUGAAAAAUACACAAAAGCCAUCGAAUUUCACAAGCAACUAUUGGAAUCGCAAUUUUAAAGAAAUAUAACAUUUCCGUGAUAUAUCUGACCAGACUUUGUAUCAUUUUCGCCGGUUUCAUAAAAUAUAAGAAUUGUGAUAUAUGUCUUUGUCACAUAAGAUUUGCUACGAAAUCGUAUCGUACAAUAAACAGAUUUUGUUUACUUUCAUGAUUUGCUUUGAUAUGUUUGAACAUGUUAUUUCAUUACCAAAUAUUGUAAAUAAACUUGAAGUAAACUUUAUCAUGAACUAGAAAUUGUGAAGAUAUUGACACAAAUAAAUCGUUUCUUUACAAUAUGUCUAAAGUGCAUAAUAUAUUAUGUAAGCAAACUUAUACUUUUCGUUCAUCUGUUUUCCGCUUGCUAAAUCAUGAUUUUGUGAAGUAUGUCACAAAAUACUGAUAAUCAUGUAAAUAAAUACCAUUUAAGAAAAUGAUGAA